UUUUCUAAUGAGACGACGAUUUGUGGAUUAACAUCACUCUUGAAACUGCAGUAGGAGAAUAUAUGGUGUUAGACUCUGCGAAAUAGUUGGACCGAAUUAUGUCGAUGUUACUACUGUUUCCUGGUUGAGCUUUCCCUUCGUUUGGAUUGUGUUUUCCCUCCUGCUGCCGUCAGUAGUGAGAGAUGCUCUCCGAAAAUUUUGGAAAUGACAAAAAAGGCAGAUUUGUCUGACGAGUAUUGGAAAUAAAGCUUCAUGGAUAUAGACCAGUGACUGCACCAGGCUUGAUUUAUCGGUGGACGACCUGCUGCAAAUGCCUCGCCCACCCCUGCUCCCAGCCCCCUGCGUAGCCAGGAUGGAAAGCCACGUUGUCAGUAGGAUGGAACCUGACGAAUAUUGGCCAUUCUGAUGAAGAUGUUGCCCGGAUACAUAUAAAAAUCUGUGUGGGAAUACUUGCCAUGCAAAGAGCCUUUGAGAUUUUUGACAGCUUCACUCUCGGGAGGCCUGGUAUCUUGGGUUUGAUUAUUUCUUUAGUUCAAGUGGAUAUAAAGUAGUGCUGCCAGUGUUUGCGGUUUGUGGUUGGACUAGUGUAUCACUGGUGCUUGUGUGGAAGAGGAUUGAGCAUGCCCUUACAACGACUAAACCGCCUGUCCGGCGUUUGGAGGGCCAUGUGUCCACGGCUAAGCCUUAGCGCUAGCCUGGAUCUCCCAUUCUUGUGUUGGAUAGUGAGCUUGGUGGUGCACGCCCAUUUGGCCGCCUCUCAAAAACUGGACGAGAUGGACCCGGUUGUAACUACAACUUAUGGCAAGGUUAGAGGAUUCAAAAAAGAACUUAACAAUGAGAUCCUGGGACCUGUCAUCCAGUUCUUGGGUGUGCCCUACGCUGCACCCCCUACAGGGGAGAGGCGCUUUCAGCCGCCUGAGCCCCCUAUCCCAUGGUCAGAUAUCCAUAACGCAACACAAUUUGGCCCUGUUUGCCCUCAAAUCCUACUAGAAGGCAGACUACCGGACGUUAUGCUACCUGUUUGGUUCACCAAUAGUAUUGAAGUGGUGUUGUCCUACGUACAGGACCAGAGUGAGGAUUGCCUAUUCUUAAACAUAUACGUUCCAAUGGAGGAUGGUCCUCUUUCAAAGAAACAGAAUGAUGAUUUAGCUGAUAAUGACGGUGCUGAGGAUGAAGACAUUCGUGAAAGUGGGAGCCCCAAACCAGUGAUGGUAUUCAUUCAUGGAGGAUCGUACAUGGAAGGCACAGGAAAUAUAUUCGACGGAAGCAUCUUGGCCAGUUAUGGCAAUGUCAUCGUCAUAACCAUAAACUAUCGGCUCGGUGUGCUCGGUUUUUUGAGCACAGGAGACCAGGCAGCCAAGGGAAACUAUGGACUUCUCGAUCAAAUCCAGGCUCUGCGCUGGACAAGUGAAAACAUUGCUUUCUUUGGGGGUGACCCUUUACGCAUUACUGUUUUUGGCUCUGGGGCCGGUGCCUCAUGUGUCAACCUCCUCACUCUGUCCCAUUAUUCUGAAGGUAACCGUUGGAGCAAUUCAACCAAAGGUCUUUUCCAAAGGGCCAUAGCACAAAGUGGCACAGCGUUGUCCAGCUGGGCUGUCAGCUUUCAGCCUGCCAAGUAUGCCCGCAUGCUGGCAAAGAAGGUGGGGUGCAACCUCAAAGAUACAAUGGAGAUGGUAGAGUGCCUACAGAAAAAACACUACAAAGAGCUAGUGGAGCAAGACAUUCAGCCUGCACGCUACCACAUCGCCUUUGGACCCGUCAUUGAUGGUGAUGUCAUCCCUGAUGACCCUCAAAUCCUCAUGGAACAAGGGGAGUUCCUCAACUAUGACAUCAUGCUGGGCGUCAACCAAGGCGAGGGGCUGAAGUUUGUGGAACUAAUUGUGGACAAUGAGAAUGGUGUCCAAGCCAAUGAUUUUGACUAUGCUGUGUCAAGUUUUGUUGAUGAUUUAUAUGGCUACCCAGAUGGGAAGGACAUUCUGCGGGAGACGAUUAAGUUUAUGUACACUGACUGGGCUGACCGUCACAACCCAGAGACCAGGAGAAAGACCCUGCUGGCACUGUUCACAGAUCAUCAGUGGGUGGCUCCAGCAGUGGCCACGGCAGACCUCCACUCCAGCUUUGGCUCCCCUACUUACUUCUACGCCUUCUAUCAUCACUGCCAGACAGAGCAGGUGCCACCCUGGGCUGAUGCAGCACAUGGUGAUGAGAUCCCCUAUGUGUUUGGGCUGCCCAUGAUUGGUCCAACUGAGCUCUUUCCUUGCAACUUUUCCAAAAAUGAUGUGAUGCUUAGCGCAGUAGUAAUGACAUACUGGACCAACUUUGCAAAGACUGGUGACCCCAACCAGCCUGUUCCACAGGACACCAAGUUCAUCCACACCAAGCCUAACCGCUUUGAGGAAGUGGCCUGGACACGUUACAACCAGAAGGACCAGCUGUACCUGCACAUUGGCUUGAAGCCCCGUAUCAAGGAACAUUACCGUGCUAAUAAGGUCAACCUAUGGCUAGAGCUGGUCCCUCAUCUCCACAGUCUUAAUGAGGUCACCCAGAUAAUUUCCACCACCACUAAGCUACCUCCACCCGAGGUCACUCCACGAACACCAAAGAAGAUCCCGGUCAGCACCAAGAGACCCUACCCCACACCUUUCCCCACUGAAACACAGGAUAGCCACAACCAGAACCAGAACCAGCCCUUUCUGGUGGACCAGCGGGACUACUCCACAGAGCUGAGUGUCACCAUCGCCGUGGGUGCUUCGUUACUGUUCCUCAACAUUUUGGCAUUUGCAGCACUCUAUUACAAGAAAGACAAACGGAGGCACGAGGUUCACCGACGAUGCAGCCCACAGAGGACCACUGCCAAUGAGCUACCCCAUACGCAAGAGGAGGAGAUCAUGUCUCUACAAAUGAAACACAGCGAUCUCGAGCGGGAAUGCAGAGAGGCUAUGCACCCACACGAGGUGGUCCUGAGAACUGCCUGCCCCCCGGAUUACACACUCGCCAUGCGACGUUCGCCAGACGACAUCCCGCUCAUGACACCAAACACCAUCACUAUGAUACCCAACAGCAUGCCAGGCCUCAACUCUUUACACCCCUUCAACAGUUACUCCAGUGGACAAAAUAACACCCUACCCCAUCCACACCCUCAUUCACACUCCACCACGAGAGUAUAGCAACACACUUUCUCACACUCAAACACAAACAUACACACACACACAUACACUCCUGCAGAUGUGGAGUAUGAGUGUACAGACAGAGAGGGCAGCACUGAGUGAGGAAUAUCUUUACUCCUAGUGUUCAUAGGAACAGGAAAUAAAAGUACUUUUUUUUUCUUCUUUCCUCGAUAGCAAAACUAUGGUUUUAUAUUAAAUGUGAGAACAAAAACAGAUGCAAAUGUGCAAACCAAUUUCUGAUUUAAUGAAAUACAUACAGAGAUGUUUUUUUACUUCUUGUAUUUGUGACAAAAACAGGGCCAUUUCCUGGAAACAACUAUCAGUCUGGGAUUCUUUGAGGAAUGGUUUGAUACAGUGACCCGGAGAGGAAACAAUGGAAGCACAGAGGAGAUGACGUGUGGGAGGCCCUUUGUGAACAAUAGAAAACAUAUUGUUUUCCCGAGGCACUGGAUUGUAGAUUACUCUCUUCAGUGCAGAGGGGAGAUGCUGCUUUAUUUAGGCAUGCAUUCUCCUCCUGGUGGAGGCAUUGUAAGAUACAAAAUACUUCAAUAAUGGGAAAAAAGAGAGAACGAGAAAUCCUCAAGAAUAUGCACAAUUGAGACAUUCACUGAAUGUCUUUGAAUUCUUUUUGUCAGUUUAUUUUUGGGGGAACAGUUUUAUUGUAUAGGAACUAUUUACAUAUCUAGAUAUGUACACAAAGCACCCAUGCUCUUUAAGCCCUGUCUUGGGGCAUUGAUACUGAGGAAUCUGCCUCAAGAGCGUAGCGGGAAAUUUAUUGGCUUCCUGGCAGAUACAGCUUCAUCACACAAGUGCUGUCUAUACUGAAAACUGGUGGACACAAAGGGAGGCUGGAUAUUUUUAGCACGAUGCGCAUGACAAUUUAUCUGCUUGGUGGCUGUUCUGCUGAUUAAGUCCUUAUUUAAAACACACAAAAAAAGAAUAAUUUUCUUCCCUAUUUGGAUUUGUUUAUGGAAAUACUGCUCUGAUUGGCUUACAGCAAUUGGAAUAUGCUGACAUGGGUGGACACGGUGGGUUCUGAUUGGAGCUGGUGGUGGGAAGGGUUUGGGAUGAGCUAAAUAGAUUGCAUUUGCAAGUAGUUUGAGUGAACCUGGUUAUAAGGAUUAGUUUUGUACAUGUGUGUUGGUAAAACUUUUUAAUAGUGGUGAAUCACUUGUUGUUUGAGCUCCCAAGUGUGGGAAAUGUUAUGUAAUUUUUUAUUUGCUCAUUGGCCUCAGCUAUAAUCAUUGUUUUAUUUUUUUACUUUUUUAUUUUUCACCUCUUGCUAAUAGUCAAACCAUGUUACCUUAGAGAAUUUAUUACCUGUACUGUUUGAUUCUCAUUAUUUACUUUGCUGUGCUUUAUGAGGCAGUCCAUCACGCAGAUGCGAACGACUAUUUACCAAUGCAGGGAUUUAUUUGGUUCGACUUCAGCACUCUGGAGUCUGACUGGUUGCGCUGCUGUUCUUGCGCUGGUAUCUCCUCCUCAUCCAGAACUUUCUAUGAUUCUCCUGAAUGAGCAACACCAAUGAAUCCCACACUGAAGACAGGAGGGCCCCUGAUUAAAGAGUGUAUCAGGGGCCCUUCUAAUCGUAAGAACCCCUUGAUCAUAGUGCUGAAAGCUAGCUAUAGAAAAGAAAAACAAGAAAGAGAACAUUAAUGAGAAGAUAAAUGGAGAAUGUGUGCAAAAGAGAAACAGAAAGAACAAUUAAAGGCGACAGACAGAAAUCAGAAAGGAAAUUUGUCAGUUCUUACCUAGAGAUCAAUGCUGAAAGAGUGGCUGCCACUCAGUAGCCUCAUUGCUGAAAGUUUGACAAGCCAGUUUCACCUGCAAAUCUCUCUGUAAUUGCCAGUUUUGUCCAUGUGGCAUUCAAGUCCUCAUUUUUGGUUGUUUUUGAGUAUUUUUUUCUAUUUUUGAAAACCUUGUUGCAUACUACAUGUUAAUGAUCAAUACCAAUGAAUCCCAGACUAAAGACAGAAGGGCCCCUGGUGUGUAUUAUGGGGCCUUCUGAUCUUAAGAGGCCCUUGAUCAUACAGCUUAAAGCCAGAGAAGAGAAUCAAGAACCAAGACCCAAAAAUCAAGAUUAUCGAGAGAAAAGUCCAAGAGGGAUGUUACCAGUUUGUACCCUUUCUGUGGGUAGUCACUUAUGGAGUUUUUAAAAGCUGAGUUAUUCUCCUAACCAGCAAUCACAAGGAGCGACAGGACAAUUUGUUGCUUGCUUGGUUUCUUAUCCUGUCGCACCGUGCCGGGUAAAAUAUGAAAUCUCACUGAUCCAAAAUCCCGCUCCACAUACCUGAAUAUUAAACAUCAAAUAUGAUCUGAUUUGUUAUUGUUUUGCAUCACACAGCAUUUUCACUUUCAGUGAGGACACCUGGUUGCACCUGGUUAAGACAUGGUGUAAUGGCAAAAGUAUGAGUUUUCUCAGACAGUCAGGGUUCCCGUGGCCAAGGAAAACCUGAAAAUAUAAGGGAGUUUUAAAUUUGUGAUUUUUCAGGCUUGGAGAAGUCAUGAAAAUCAUUAAAAUGUUAAAGUCAUAUUUAUAGUAAAUUUAAAUGGGUCUAAUUAGGUUCAGCUUUACAGUAUUUAUUCGGCUAGAAAUUGCUCUUUUUGAGUGUAAUCUCUACAGUAUAAAAUUACUAAAAAAAAUAAGUAAAAAAACCCUUAAUCAAUAAUCAUGAACAACUGGAAAAGUCAUAGAAAUUCUUCUGCAAAUGGAGUGGAAACCCUGGACACUAUAAGCUAUGUUGGUAGCAGUACAGCCUUUUACAUCUUAAGGUAAUUAAUUCAUAGUUGUUGAGUAAAACAAUGAGGAAUGGGAAUGAAUACCUGAGCCUUGGUGACUAGCUAGUGGUAGAGAACUAAUGAGGGAAGCCAAGGAAGGGAAUAAGGAUGAAAGAAAUGUGCUGAUCCUCUACUGAUCAACCUGUGACACACACCGUUCCUAACAACAUGUUCCCAUUCAGAACACAGACUCCUUUGGGCCACUCCUCUCUGUUCUACUAUAACCUAUGACAACUGUAUAGAGAGAGCAUCGCUGCUCUGUAUGCCAGUCCAUAUCUGCAGGCAUGCAUAUGCAAAGUCUACCUGCCAAUGUGUCCCCCUCCAAAGGAAGCUCGUUUGAACAACAUUAAAAUUUAAUGAUCUGUACACCGGUGGGGCGCUCUGAGGAAUCGUCUUGUGAAGGCACAUGUACCAAGGAGAGAUCUGGAAUUCAUCUGAAAUUAGGGAAAUUGCCACUGCUCAUCAUGUUUUACACACACACACACACACACACACACACACACACACACACACACACACACACACACACACA